UGAUGUGUUUUAGGAAAGUUCCAAACUUUGGUUAGCGAUGAAAUCUAAGUUGGAUGGCCACUCGAAUGCUAUUUAUAUUAAUGAUGGUCAAGAUCUUGUAAAACCAAAACCGAGACAAAAGGAGCGCAAAGACCAAGUCCACUGUGGAGCUCGAAACAAAGGAAUCGAAGCGCGAUAAACAGUUGAAGCAGAAUCUCCUCUCUCUCUCUCUCUCUCUCUCUCUCUCUGAGUUGCAGGACAAAAACCAGUACAUUUGGUCGACCCAUCUGAUGAUGAACACCCUUGGUUGGAGUUGCAAAGGCAAAAUGAUGAAACUUUCGUCAGCAUUGUGCUUGUUUCUCAUUCUCAUCGUUGAAGAAGCAUCUUGUUCCAUGAGACUCCACAAGCUCUCCGAGUUCCAUGCCAAGCUCCAACAGAGAGUGGCCUACAGUCCAGAGGAAGACCUCGCCGCGCCCGUCGCCACGCCUGGUCCAGACGGUGCCAAAAGGAUGGGGAGGGUAUUCUAUCCAGUGGGGUAUGGGGGUGACCCAACAGGGAAGCAAGAGAGCAGCGAGGCCAUCGUAAGUGCUCUGUCUGAUGCAUUCCGGGUUCAAAGUGACGAGCAAAUGCUGCCUGGAGUGACUGCCUUGGGUGGUGUGGUCAUUGAUUUGCAAGGUGGAACCUACCUGGUCGCCAAACCCAUCAGGCUUCCUGCUUCCGGGGGAGGCAAUGUUGUGGUACAAGGGGGCACCCUGCGCGCAUCAGAAACAUUUCCCGGGGACCGGCAUCUCGUUGAACUCUGGUCCCCGAAUUCUCCAGGUGCCAAUGACCAAUCAACAUGUUACCCGAUGAAGGUCGAGAACGUCGGAAUCUACUAUGAGGACAUAACUUUCAGAGAUGUGCUCUUUGAUUCUAGUUUCCGAGGAGGAGGAAUUUACGUGGUUGAUUCGGCGAGAAUUCGCAUAACGGACUGCUUCUUUCUUCACUUCACCACGGAUGGAAUCCUAGUGAAGAAAGGUCAUGAGACAUUCAUAUCAGGAUGCUUCCUAGGACAACAUUCGACAGUCGGUGGGGAUAAAAGAGAGAGAAGCUUCACAGGCACGGCCAUUGAUCUUCAGAGCAACGACAACGCGAUUACUGACGUUGUCAUCUUCUCCGCUGCUGUGGGGAUUGUUCUGCGAGGCCAGGCCAACAUGGUCACCGGAGUACAUUGUUACAACAAGGCCACAUACUUUGGUGGGAUCGGAAUACUGGUAAAACUAGCCGGACUAUCGCAAACCAGACUAGACAAUUGCUACAUGGAUUACACGGGCAUAGUCAUGGAAGACCCUGUUCAGGUACACGUUACUAACGGAUUCUUCUUAGGCGAUGCUAAUAUAGUAUUGAAGUCGAUAAAGGGUCAAGUCUCGGGGUUGAAUGUAGUGAACAACAUGUUCGACGGUGACCCACAACGUCUGAAUCCAAUAGUAGUCCUGGAUGGCCAAUUCCCUAAUGUCGAUGAAGUGGUGGUCGAUGGCAACAAUGUGAACGGAAUGAGUUUAAGAACGACGGUAGGGAAAAUGACGUUGAAAGGUAAUGGGACCAAAUGGGUUGCUGAUUUUUCGUCUACACUGCUCUUUCCGAACCGGAUAAAUCACUUCCAGUACUCCUUCUAUGCUCAAGGAGAGAUGGGGUUCAUCAAGCAUGAGAUAACUAAUGUAUCGAACAACGCAGUGGUCGUCGAGAGUGAGAAAGCAGCAAACGCCGUAGUUUCCGUUGUCGUCGACCAGUACAGCAUGGCUGGAGAAGUCAUCUAGUUGUAGAGAAGGCGAAAGUAAUGCAGUUCUGCUCUCGUUUAUGGUGCUGGGGUUAAUCUAUGAAGUGCCUACGAGAGAGAUUCUAGGUGAGGGGUAUUGAGAUUUUGAGAUGUAAUGAGAUACCCUUCUAGUGUCAAAUUGUGUUUGACCCUUUG